AUGCCUUCUUACGUCGUUACCGGAGCAGCUCGCGGAAUCGGGCACGAAUUCGUCAAGCAGCUCAGCGCAAAUGCAAACAACACUGUCUUUGCCCUGGUCCGCAACAAAGCCACCUCGCAGAAAGUAGAGGCACUAGCAAGACCCAAUAUCCAUCUUAUCGAAGCGGACGUCACCAAAUAUGCCGCUGUCAAGGCUGCUGCAAAGGAGGUUUCGGAUAUUACAGGAGGGACGCUAGACGUCUUGAUCCACAACGCGGCCGAUAUCGAUCCUGAAGGCGCACUAUUCACUGAGCACUUUACCAAGACUUUCCAAACCAAUACCCUCGGCGCCCUUCACGCCGCCAAUAGCUUUCUCUCUCUCCUCUCCGCCGGCACCACUCGUAAAGCCAUCCUGAUAUCGUCCGGCAUCGCCUCCCAGUCAUUUAACGAAGCCGCCGGAAUUGCCACACACGUUCCAUACAUAGUCUCCAAAACUGCCGCAAACACUUUGUGGUGGAAGUAUGCCAUCGAGUUUAAAGAUCGGGGUUUCACGUUCCUAGCGAUGAGCCCUGGGUAUGUUGAUUCUGGAUCUGGCCCUGGAGACGAGAGGGAGCAAGAGGGAGUGAGGAAGCUUGAGACUACACUUAAGAGCUUGGUGCCAAACUUUAAAGGGAAGAUCACGAUGGAGAAGUCUGUGAGGGAUCAGCUGGAGACUAUUGAGAGGGUGGGGCCGGAGUAUAGUGGGAAGUUUGUGUCGCAGUGGGGGAAUCAGGAGUGGCUUUAG